AAUAUUGGCGUUUGGAAAAGAACAUCAAAUAGAGGGGCUACAAUUUAUCCUGAUGCCCCCUUAACCAAUUAACGAUAACGUUAACAGCUUCUGAAAUCCAAAAGCAGGAAGUGAUAUUUGGGUCAGAGUUGAAAGGUCCUAGAAUUCAGUUGUUCGGCUAGCCCGUAGAACUGUGUCAUUUUUGCAGAAUUGCCUAUUUUAAAAUGUCAGCUGAAGAAGAUAUUGUUGUGGAACCUAUGCCUUGCAUUCUGGUUUCCAGUUCUGAUCCGACGUUUAAAGAAGAAGAACUUAUCAAACAGAUUCUUGGUACAUCAACACUGCCUGAGCCCUCUAAGCAGGAGGACACAGUGAUUUGGUACCCCUGGACAAUCAGCAAUAAGUACUACACAGCUGACGUGACCCUUUGUGUGGUGCCAAGCACGUUUCAGAUGUGCUCAGAAGUUGCCCAGUCUAUGCAGGCCUUUAUUGUGUACUUCAACAGUGCAGUAAAAGAUGGUCUCAACAGUGUGUCACCUUGGUUACCAAUAGUUGAGGACCUGGCUCCUGAGGUGCUCAUUCUGGCAUGUGACCAUGUGUCUGAUGAUGGUGUUAGCAGACAGGAGGCUCAGCAGUGGUGCCUGUCCCAUGCGUUUGAGCUGGUGGAGCUCAGCCCUCAGGAUCUUCCAGAUGAGGAUGACGACUUCCCUGAGUCCACGGGGGUGAAGAGGAUCAUCCAGGCCCUCAAUGCCAACGUGUGGGCCAGCGCCGAGAUGAAGGAUGGAGAACACAAUCAGGGCUUCGGUCUGUUGAGCAGCCUGGUGGCUUCCAGACAUAACAACCCCCGGCCCAGCCAGGACACACAGUCGUCAGGUUCCCCAGCAGAGAUUGUCGAGGAGAUCAUAGAGGAGCCGAGGACGGUCAGGAGUGAGUCCAGUGCCGUGCCGGGACAAGUUGUGGAUCCGAUGACCGACAUGGACAUCCAAGAGCUGGCCAACCUCACAGCCGGGGAUGCUGACGUGGAGAACUUUGAGCGUCUCUUCACCAAACUCAAAGAGAUGAAAGAUAAAGCAUCCUCGUUACCGCACGAGCAGAGAAAAGUCCAUGCAGAAAAGGUAGCCAAAGCGUUCUGGAUGGCGAUUGGUGGAGACCAAGACGAGAUUGACGGCCUGUCCUCGGGAGAAGAGAGCUAACUGGCACUGCCACCGUAGCCGCUUCCUUACUGCCCAGGCCCCACACCUCACCCCGCCCCUCUGCCCACAACUCCCCAACACAGGGGCAGCCGAGGUCAAGGCCCUCGGUGGCCGUUAGAGGGCAGGGACUGACCUGAGCUGAAGGCAGAGUUUUAGAGGGGGAGGAGGAGAGAGGAGAGGAAGGAGACUGUGGGCCUCAUUGUGACAUUUUCAAAAGAGAGAUUUACUCAUUAGCCCACCAUCAACCCCCCCCGAUUCUAAACAUGUUAAUCGGGCAAUGCAAAGUCCUGCUGCCGGAGCACCACAAGGAUGAAAUCUUGCCAGUGCCCACUGGCACCAUAUAUGGGCUUUGUACCUGGCUUCCUGAAGAAGUUCCAGAAUGCAGCUCUAAAUUAGGCUGGAAUCUCCAUGUCUUGGAAGUUCCCAAUCAUGACUGACUCAGAGUCAAAUUGAGCAUCGGUGACCAUUUUCCCGGGUGUUUCUUACCCCUAAUAUGUGUUCCUGAUGUAGUAUAUUAAUCAGGCAUUAUUUGGGAAGGGUAGUACAUUACCACUACUAUAUUGUAAUAAAAUAUGUUUGUCAAUCAUGAA